UCGCUUCAUGCUGCAGAAAUCGGGAUAAGCUCCCGCCUGAUGGGCCACUUGGCUCGUAUGUAGACUUACCAUGACCAGUUGACGUCACGUGGUCUGCAACAGCUACUCGUGAUUGCUUUAAACUGUUCAGUUUUUGUGUCCUGCAAUCUACGUUUUGUUUUUCCAAAGUAGAAAUUCUGGCAGUUUCAGUCUCCGCCCCCUGGACAUAGGAGAAGUGCACCCCGCAGGGACAAAACGGAGCGGAGAAAGAAAAUUUGGGAAUUCCCCUUCUCCGCUCCCCUUCUUUUAGUCUGCCACACAGAUUAUCCCGUGAUGGGCUCCUGAUUAUUAACAUUCCAAAAAUAAAACAGUCUGCGAAAGCGCUGUGUAAUGCUGCGGCUUAUUGCCGUCCAACACAAUCUCAGAGUCAAAAAAACUAAACCUGAAGUUAUGUCCGGGAAUUACCGAAUGAAAGUAAACGCAUUUUGCGUUUGUUAUAUAUUUUAUUCCCGCACAGCUUGUUUUGCUUUUGUUGUUGCGAUUACGUCACUUGUUUCCUCCCUUCCGCUCUAGUUGUUUUCUUACUUCCGGCUGGGCACUUGACGCGCAUAAACGACUGGGCUAUUGCGCAGCCACCAUUUCCGCUAAACAAGUAAGUGAACAUACGAGGGUCCGUGAAAACCAUUUAUAUUUGCCAAUUUUCUCUGCAAUAAAGACACACGAAUGGCAAGAAUCUUCCGUCGAGCUGCUAACAAGGUUAAAAACUCGAGAGAUGGCCACGUUUCGCUCGGUUUGCUUAUCUUUGACGAGAAAGUCGUGUACGAGAAUUUUCAGAAAGUGGUCAUGGCCAAAGCGGAUGCAUCCAUGGCAAUGUUAAAAUGGGCCAAGAAUGAAGAAAAUCUUGCCCUGCGAGAUGUCUUCAGCAAGGUGUUUGAAGUGUCAAGUAUGUGGACAAAUCUGAUGAGAGAUUUCACUGAAGAGUAUCAUAAAUAUCGCAAGAGUUUCAAAGAGGUCCUUCAUCAAGAGCGUGUCUUGGAUGAAGCAAGAAAAAGGGAAGCCAUGCACGCAACAAGAUUGAACAGACUUCAAAAACAGUUGGAUCAAAACAAGAGGAAGAGUGGUGAUGCAGGAAGACCCAGAACAAUAUCAAAUGAAAUGGCUGAGAUCAUUACUCAGGCUGAACAGGAGCAAGCUGAGCUUGAAGUGAAAACAACUAAGCAUGAGAUUUUUAAGGCUCGUAAGCUCAGGGAAUCUUUAAGUAAGAUUUCUGAUGGACUUCAACAGUGGGCUUCCAAAACAUUAUUGGUUGCAGGAGCAUACAAAAAACUGGCUGAUCUUAUUUCAGAUACACCCACUCAACUCACAGAUAGCAAGGUUUUUCAUGGCACUGGUCAGACAAGAUGCAUUGUCAAUAAUCUUGCAAGAGACCUACACAUCGAUCCUGAGCUAUCUGCCCAGUUAGCAGCAGUGGCAAAGUCCACCCAGCCUUAUUUGUAUGCAGUAUCAGCCCCUGUGAAGCCAGACAACGCAAAAUAUUCUUACGCUGACUUACUAUCUUCCUCAGAACAAAAGUCCCCCAAGGAAAAUGCAAAAAAACCCAAAGUUAAGCGCGCACCUCAGCCGUUGCCGCAUCAACAUCUGAAAGUUAAGGAGAGUGCUCUAGAUGAUCCAAAUCUUAGGAGGCCAUUGUCAUUGACUGAUCUGAGGCCACCACCCACUUCACCACCACCCCCUCUCCCUAAACAUGCAAGACAGGUUGUUUUCCGGACAAAUUCAGCAAAGGAGAGCAUAGGAAGGAAAACAAAGAUGAAUUCAAAACAGUCAACUGGAAAGAUCUGGUAUGCAAGAACAAACAUAUCAAGUGAUUCUGAUUCUGAUAGUGAUGGAUACACCGAGCCCAUUACUGAUGGGUCGUUUUUUGAAAGGAGGAGCAAGAUGCUUUGUAAAGUGUUAAGUGAUGGUGCCAUUAAUGAAGUGGGCAUGCGAGGCUAUGCUGUCAGAAACACGGCAACUCAAUCAUCCAGCAGGAACUUUUAUCACCAACUAGAGAGACGGUCAUCAGAAGAGGACAUCAUUCAAGAAGAUAACGAGCCCGACAAUUAUGUUGCUCUUGUUAAUUGAAUAUUAUGUAACAGUAAUGAUCAAUAAUGAAAUAUGAACUGUGAAGUGGCACUUGAAAAAUGUGUCUCAAUUUAAUUAUUUUAUAAUAAUGAUAAAUACAAUAUUAUAUUAUAUAAUAUUAUACAAUCAUUCAAUAUAGGUAUACAAUAUUAGAUAUUUUUGUUAACAGAGAUAACAAAUUAGUAAGAGAACUAUAAUGAUUUUUUUUUGCUAUUAAGUGUAAAUAAUGUAGAGAAGAGAUUUAUUUCCAAAUUUUAGUUACUUUUGAUAGUGGUGAAUACUCAAAAAUAAUGAAUUGUAAUGGAAAAUUUAAAUAAUUUUGUAAUGGAAAUUCAUGCACCAAUAAUUAUCUAUAAUAUUGUUACAGUGUAUGGUCAUUAUAAAGAGAACUAGACCUUGUAUAUAAUUCAGAGAGGAACUUUAUUCCCAAAUCUCAAUAUUAAGUAAUUUUUAAUGGUGAUGAAUUCAGAGAAACAAAUGAAUGGGAAAUUUAAAUUUAAGGGAAAUAAAUACAUGCAUCAACAAGAGUAUUUAUUAGUAGCUUAAAUUUCACACUGACGCUAAUUUUGUUAGUCAUUGUAUUUGUUGUAAACCUCCUCUGAUGUGUCAUGGAAGAAGGUCAUUGGAUGACAACUCAAAUAACUGUUGCCAAGAAGAAUGGGGUCUCAGGCCAUGGUAUUUGCAAGACUGGUUUCUUGCUGGACUAUAGCUAAGGGUAAAUUGUCCAUAAAAUUAAUAUAAACAUUAAUUCUUGAAAUUCAUAUGCCUUUGUACUUAAUGACUUGUUUCUAAUAUGUUGAUGCAUAAAUAACGUUGACUUCAUAAAAUAACAGUCGUCAUCAUGUCCUUUUCCCUACAAGGGAUGUAAGGCCCUGUACAUAAAAUAUUUUUUUGUAUUGUUAUAUUACAUAUUAAGUGAAUUCCAAAUUGAAAUAACUUACAUUAUUAGCUUAGCUUGCAGUACAUGAUCCAUUAUACCAUGCUCUACAUAUAUGGUAAGCGUACGCAUUCUUUAUGGGGGCGUUUUUAUCUUAAGUUUAUUUUGUUUUAGUAUUCAAUAUUUUGGUGGCAUUUGUAUUCCACUUGUGCUUGUUGGAUAUGAGAUAAUUUGAAAAUUAAGGCAACUCAUAUCCAACCUGCAUUCAUGGAAUUGUUUUUUACACACAUAUUCAUGUACAAGACAGUAUAUGAUUGGUGAUGAAUUAGCUUGUUUAGAUAACCUAAUACAAUUAAUUAGAAUUGACAUUUAAUUGAUACAUGUAGGAAUUUUAUAUUCUAAUUUUUGUAAAAUUUCUAUCUGAUACAAACACAGGGUUGUACCAGUAACUAAUAAAUUUCAAUGACAAAGGA